ACUGGCUGAUGUUAGAAACCAGGUGAUAUUUGCUGUUCGCCAAGAGUAUGUCGAGCUUGGAGAUCAGCCACUCCUGCUUCAGCCCGGAGACGAAGUUGCCGUCAUCCCCCCAAUCAGUGGAGGAUAAUGCUUCCGAGCCAUCCAGGAAAGAUGAGGAUGAGGUUGAAGAGAAACCCAAAGACAUAAUACGAUUCACUGCUGAGAAGCUUUCAGUGGAUGAAGUGUCUCAGCUGGUGAUCUCCCCGCCGUGUGGUGCAGUGUCUCUCUUUGUAGGGACUACAAGAAAUAACUUUGAAGGCAAAAAAGUCAUUAGUUUAGAAUAUGAAGCCUAUCUACCGAUGGCAGAAAAUGAAAUCAGAAAAAUUUGUAGUGACAUUAGACAAAAAUGGCCAGUCAGACACAUAGCGGUGUUCCAUCGACUUGGUUUGGUUCCAGUGUUGGAAGCAAGCACAGUUAUUGCUGUGUCCUCGCCUCACAGAGCUGCGUCCCUUGAGGCCGUGAGCUACGCCAUUGAUUCUUUAAAAGCCAAGGUGCCCAUAUGGAAAAAGGAGAUAUAUGAAGAAUCAGGCUCAUCUUGGAAAAGAAACAAAGAAUGCUUCUGGGCAGCUGGUGACUAGUCAAUUUUUGGUGUGCUAAAUCUUAAAUUAGAUAAACCAUCCCUUAGGUUACACGAAAGGAGAAAUAGCAAAUGCAUGAAUGAGGGGCUACCUAGGAACUAAAGACGGGAAGAAAUGCCUUAAUUUCGACAUGAGAUAAGGAGUCUGUGACAGACCCAUCCUUCUGUGACUAACUGCUAAUAGUGGCCAGCUCACAUGAGCUGUCAGCUGUCUCAGGAAGAUCAGAAUCGUUAUCAGGCCUGUAUAAAAGGCAGAAUCAGAAAGUCAUUGUCAGUUUUGAUAUUACAUAUUUUACAUAGCUUAAAAGUGAACCUAAAUAAAUCAUAAUCAUGAUUUAAGCAGCUUAAAAGCAGAUCCUGUUUAUAAUCAGUGAUAAUCCCUAAGAAUUUUGUUGUUGCAGAGACCAUUAUGACUUCAGAAACUAUAAUUAUAUAAUAAAGCUUUUUAUAUUUCA